AUGAAGAUCAGCAAGAAGGUCGAGAAAGCGACCAAGGAGGACAAGGUCUGGUGGUCCUUCGAAUAUUUCCCGCCCCGCACUGCGCAGGGUUUACAAAACUUGCUGGAUCGUAUCGAGCGUAUGCGCGCGCUGGGCCCAGAGUUCAUCGACAUUACAUGGAAUGCCGGUGGACGCACAUCCGAGCUCACCUCUGAACUCGUCAAGACCUGCCAGGGCUACAUCGGCAUUGAGACAUGCAUGCACCUGACAUGUACGAAUAUGCCGAAGGAGAAGGUCGACAUCGCUCUGAAGGAGGCCAAGGAGGCCGGCUGCAGGAAUAUUCUUGCCCUGCGCGGUGACCCGCCGAUGGGCAAGGAAGAGUGGACCUCGGUCGAGGGCGGCUUCGAGCACGGUAUCGACCUCGUGCGGCACAUCCGCGCCGAAUACGGCGAUCAUUUCGACAUCGCUGUGGCCGGCUUCCCCCAACACAUGCUGUUGCCCGAGGCGGAGCGCGAACAAGAGAUACAGUGGUUCAAGCAGAAGAUCGAUGCUGGCGUGGACUUCAUCUUCACACAGAUGUUCUACGACAUUGACAUCUUCAUCUCUUGGGUCAAAGCCAUUCGCGCUGCUGGCAUCACCAUCCCCAUUGUUCCCGGUAUCAUGCCCAUCCAGACCUGGAACGGUUUCCAACGUGCAACAUCGCUGGCCAAGACGCACAUCCCGCAGACAUUCCUUGACGCACUCGAGCCGCACAAGAACAACGAUGAGAAGGUCCGCGAGAUUGGCACGCGCCUCGUAGCAGACAUGUGCCGCAAGAUCCUCGCUGCUCCUUUGGGAAUCCGCGGUCUGCACUUCUACACGAUGAAUCUUGAGCGUGGAAGCCGCAUGCUGCUCGAGGAGCUCAACCUCGUUCCACGCGUUGAAACGCUCAAGCCGCUGCCGUGGCGCCAGUCCCUCACGCCUUCGCGUCGAUCUGAGACGAUCCGGCCCAUCUUCUGGGCAAACCGUACGAAGUCGUACCUCUCGCGCACUGAGAACUGGGACGAGUACCCCAACGGCCGUUUCGGUGACUCGCGUUCUCCUGCCUACGGUGACCUCGACGGAUACGGUGCUUCUAUCAAGCAGACCCGCGAAGAUGCCUUGCGUCUUUGGGGCCACCCUGCAAGCUUCGCUGAAGUUGCGUCCCUGUUCCGCCGCUUCUGUACCAGCGAGCUCCCCGCAUUGCCGUGGAGCGACCAAGCACCGUCACUCGAGACGAGCGUGAUCUCUACCCCACUAGCACGCAUGAAUGCGCUUGGCUUCCUCACAAUCAACUCGCAGCCCGCGGUCGACGGCGCACGUUCGGAUGACGCUGUCUUCGGCUGGGGUCCCGCGAACGGCUACGUGUACCAGAAAGCGUACCUCGAGUUCUUCGUUCGCCCGCAACUCCUCGAUGUGCUCAUCUCGUACCUCGAGAAGGACCCUUCCAUCACCUACUACGUGAUCAAUAAGCGUGGCGAUCUGCGUACAAACAACACGCAGGAGGGUCCAAAUGCUGUCACUUGGGGUGUGUUCCCGGGCAAGGAGAUAGUCCAGCCGACGAUCGUGGAGGCGAUCAGCUUCAUGGCUUGGAAGGACGAGGCGUACGAGCUUUGGCGCCAAUGGUCACACAUCUACGAGCCCGAGAGCUCCAGUCGCGCGCUCAUCACCGGUCUCAUGGACGAGUUGAUGCUAGUUAAUGUCGUUCACAACGACUACAAGAGUCAGGAGGCCAUCUUCAAGCCCUUCUUCCUUGCCGGCGAGCAGUACGCCGCGACCCAUCCAAAUGACGCCGUCGUCCUCCCGAACGAGACCGAGCAUCUGCUCCACAACGGAGACGCUAUCGCACACGAGAGCGGCACCGCCUAA